AAUGUGACCGUGCAGCCCACAAAGUCACACGCACACACAUAAUACACACACAUCUACACACACUACUCUCUCUUUCUCUUAUAAAUGCACGUUUGAGCCUCUGGAAGAAAGUCAAAGACGGGGGGCGGAGAAGCCUCGCUUGAAUCACAGCGAUGUUGCACAGAUCAAUUCUAUUCGCCUUCCUAGUGUGCAUUCAACUCGGGAGCAGGUCGGCGGCAAAUGAAAUCGUUCCACAAGUUGAAGAGCAGAACGACUCAGCGGCGUCUCGAAGGACGAGGCUGUCGGCGCAGAACUCAGCUGAAAUCAUCCGGUGCCUGAACAAUGCUCUCCAUGUGGGCUGUGGGGCAUUUGUGUGCCUGGAGAACUCCACCUGUGACACCGACGGCAUGUACGACAUCUGCAGGUCCUUUCUGUACAGUGCUGCUAAAUUCGACACUCAGGGAAAAGCCUUCGUUAAGGACAGUUUAAAGUGUAUCGUCAACGGGAUCACAUCCAAGGCCUUCUUCACCAUUCGUAGAUGUUCCGCUUUUCAGAAGAUGAUCGCGGACAUUCAGGAGGAUUGUUACAGGAAGCUGGACAUCUGCACAAUGGCCAAACGUAACGCCGCUGCAAUAACAGAAGUGAUCCAGCUCCCCGCACGUUUAAAGAACAGGUAUUACAACAAGCUACUGAGAAGCCUUCUGGAGUGUGAUGAGGAGACAGUGAACAGCAUAAGGGAGAACAUGAUGGCGGGGCUGGGCUCUCACCUGUCGGGCUUCAUCCACCUGCUGCAGAGCGACCGCUGCCUGACCUUGCCCAACCGGGGAACCUUCAACAGCCGCUCCUCGGCCGAACACCAGAAGCUCCGCAUCUUCCUGCGAAAUCUCAACAGUAACGAGUCUCCCCCCCGGAGAGGCCCCAAGCUGAGCUCGGCUGAGAACGAGUGAUGACCGGAGGGGGGUUGGGGGGGGGGGGGGGGUUGAGGGUGGAGGGGGAGGGGUGGAUUAGAACGGGAGGCCUGUAACUAGCUGCAGAACCAAGGUGUCACCAGUGUAACUCAUGAGACCGGCAGGGAUCAAGUCGGGGCAGCUGAUAGGUACCACGUGCCCCCAACUCGAGCACUAAGUGGUGAGCAGUGAGCGUUGGUGCGUUGGCAAUGCGUACGCGAACAUCUCUAUUCUUGGCUUGCGUCCGGUCCAAAUCAUCACAUUGCCUUGACAAGGUGAGCCCUCCAUUUGAGCUGCUGAAGUCCCUCGACCCCAUAGAACCAAGAUCCAAGUCACCAAGUGGUCUGAAGCUGCUCCAAUUUCCCAAAGUUGAACGGGUGUCAGGGGGUCAUGGGGAGAAGGCAGAACAAUGGGGUUCGGAUGGAGAGAUAGCUCAGCUAGGAUUAAAUGGC